CCCACUUUUGUUCUGCAAAGCAUUAUGGGAAGUAAAAAUGGCUGCUUUUUAACUUGAUGGCUGGAACAGGAGUAUCUGUUAGAAGUAUCGGUCCAGUGGAAGAAGUAUGCUUAGGUAUGGAAGGUAUGAGUGGCAAGAGUCACACCCCAGGUGUUACAGCAGAAGAAGUGGAAGGACCCAGAGUCAAAGGAAAAGAAAAAAUGAAGCGGAGACGCAGCAGAAGUAGGUCAUCUUCAGUUUCAUCUACAUCUUCCAGUGUAUGCUCUUCUUCUUCUACCUCUUCCUCUUCACAUUCCAGCUCAUCAUGUAGGUCAAGGAGCAGAUCCAGUAGUAAAGAUUCACAUAAAAAAUCCAAAGCAAAGAGGAGGAAAAAAGAGAAGCAUCACAAAAAGGUAAUGUAUUGA